AUGGACACUUUAGCUUCGCAGUUAGAAUUGAAUUCCUCGAGAAAUAUUCUGUUGUGUCUAUCGCAAUAUUCGGCUUGUUUGGCCGCUGGUUGUCUAUCCGAAAAGAAUAAAUGGCGUGAAAACCUUAUGAAUUUGAAUGCUCGGAUAAGUUUAUGUCGAACGGUUAACCGAUCAUUAGAUUAUGUUGGAUGUUUAUCGCGAAUUCGAAAAUACGGUUUUGGACAAAAUGAUUCGACUUCAUCAUCAUUAACUCGACUUCUAACAUUGACAAAUAGUAUCUGCGAUCUUAUUUAUUAUCCUGCGGAAUGCCUAGCCUGGUUAUGCGAAGCGAAUGUGUUCGGACCUAAUCGAUCAUCCAGAUCUUUUCGAUUAGUUUCGUUAAUCUGUUGGUUGACGAACAUACUUGUUUCAAUUAUCGGAAAUACAUUAAAACUACUCCAAUAUCGAAGAUUAUUAUUAGUAAAGAAAUGGUCGAAAGACAAGGAAAGUCCUAGUCCGCUAAGUCUGAAAACCGAAAUGUAUAAAUGUCUAUUGACAUUAACCAACAACUUCUGUUUUCUGAUCAAUUGCGUUCAAUGGCUUGCAAUACCUGGAUUUCUAUGGUCGGGUAAAUUAUCUACUUUUACCGUUGGUUUUUGUGGUACUUUAGCAACACUCUGUAACAUCAUCAAAAUGAAUAUUUAA